GGCUUCCGUCAGGCUGGCUGUCAUUGGCUGGAUUGUGCACAGCUGACAGUCGCGCGGGCGAGGAAGCUUUGAGGAUGGCGGCGUCCGCGGCGGUGAUUUUGCCGGAGAGUCCCAGCAUGAAGAAAGCAGUGCCGCUGAUAAACGCAAUAGAUACCGGAAGAUUCCCGCGCCUUCUUAGCCGAAUUCUUCAAAAGCUCCACCUGAAGGCCGAGAGCAGCUUCAGUGAAGAAGAGGAGGAGAAACUUCAGGCUGCGUUCUCUCUAGAGAAACAAGAACUGCACCUGGUUCUGGAAACAAUAUCGUUUGUUUUGGAGCAGGCAGUGUACCACAACUUGAAACCAGCAGCACUUCAGCAGCAACUGGAGAAUAUUCAUCUUACACAAGACAAAGCAGAAGCCUUUGCCAACGCUUGGUCGACUAUGGGUCCAGAGACGGUUGAAAAGUUCAGGCAGAGGAUUCUGGGUCCUCACAAGCUUGAGACGGUGGGAUGGCAGCUCAACCUGCAAAUGGCUCACUCGACCCAAGCAAAACUGCAGUCUCCUCAGGCUGUGCUACAACUGGGAGUGAACCAGGAGGACUCCAAGAACCUGGAGAAGGUUCUAGUGGAAUUCAACCACAAGGAGUUGUUCGAUUUCUACAACAAGCUAGAGACCAUACAAGCACAGCUGGAUUCCCUUUCAUGAUGUCCUUGAAGACUGGCUUCGCAGUCACAUUCCCGCCACCAUCGAAGAGGAACUGCCCGAGUAUAUUUUUGAGAGGACUCAGUGACUUCAUUCUACAGAUACUAUAACCUAAUCACUUCUUAAACAAAUACUUUCCAUGAAGGGAGAUCACAAUAUGAGCACUGGGGUUUCUGGUACACCCUCUCUCCUCGCGUGAGCCAAGAACAACUGUUGAAAACUCUCGGAGAGAAAUCACAAGUGAAUGCCGUGUUGCCUUUCCGUCAGGUUGCUGCAUCAUCACUUCGCCGCAGUCCUUCUUUCACGGAUCAGCGAAGUCUGGAGGUGGAGGUGUGAUGGGUGCCCUAGCAGACUAUGGAGCCUUAUAAUUACAUUGCUUAAUUAGGGAAGCAGCCCCAGGCCAUCAAAUGCUCUGACAUUUGUCUUACGACCUUAUUUUGCUUGAGAUACAAUACAAGAAGGAGAUCAAAAUGGU